AGACAAAAUCCCACAGAUAUGCAAAGAUCUCUCAGAAUCCUCUCCCCAUAUCAUAUAUUUUCUCUUUUCCCUCUCUUUCUUUCUUCCUUAUAAAUCCAUUUUCUCUCCUCUCUAAUCAUUCAUCUCUCUGCAAAACCAAAUCCUCAAAGCAGUUGAUUCUUUCUCUCCCACAAGUGUCAUCACGAUCCUACUCUUCUUCAUAUGGCUGAGGUUUUGCGUCCGGAGAUGUUAGAUAUCUCUAACGACACUUCUUCUUUAUCAUCACCGGAACUUCUUCAUGUUCUUGCCGUUGAUGAUAGCAUGGUUGAUCGGAAGUUCAUCGAACGGUUGCUUAGAGUCUCUUCUUGUAAAGUUACUGUUGUCGAUAGUGCGACAAGAGCUUUACAAUAUCUUGGACUAGAUGGAGAGAAUAGUUCUGUUGGAUUUGAGGAUCUGAAGAUUAAUUUGAUAAUGACGGAUUACUCUAUGCCUGGGAUGACUGGAUAUGAACUAUUGAAGAAGAUCAAAGAAUCAUCAGCUUUCAGAGAAAUACCAGUUGUGAUUAUGUCUUCAGAGAACAUCUUGCCUCGUAUCGAUAGAUGUCUUGAAGAAGGAGCGGAAGAUUUUUUAUUGAAGCCUGUGAAAUUAGCUGAUGUGAAGAGAUUAAGAGAUUCUUUAAUGAAAGCUGAAGAAAGAGCUUUUAAGAAUAUUAUGCACAAGAGAGAGCUCGAAGCUAAUGAUAUCUACUCGCAGCUAAAACGUGCAAAGAUCUGAGUUUACCAUAUUCCACGAUAUGAUCUUUAAAAGCUCAAAGAUUCACACACAUGCAUGUCCUGAUUCUUCCGGCUUAAAAUUUUUGAGACAUUACAACGUUUUUGCUGAUAGAACCAGUAAGGACUAAAGAGUGAAAAAGAUGGGUUUUCAUAAAGUAGAAAUGUAAAUUGUAGACUUGGAUUCAUUAGAGAGGAGGAGAGAUACUUUUUUUUUUUUCUUUACAUGAGAGAUAUGUAAAAUGGUGUUGUUAUUUUGGAAUUUAAUAGGAAACGACUCUUCUUUUCGCCUUCA